AUGUUAUCUGAUAACUUAAAAUGCUUAGAAACAAAGAAACCGCCUCCUAAUUGGUUCAUUGCACAGGAAGUAAUAAAUCGACAAAUAGGUAGUAAUCCGUUAUUCCAAAGAAGAUUUUAUAGUUCUUUACAUGCAGUAAAUCGACUGGAGUUUAAAUACAAACUCUGUGAUCUUGAGGAUACUGUGAGCGCCUUAAGUUUCAAUCAAAAAGGAAAUUUAUUAGCAAGAGCCUCUGAAAAGACAGUUUCUAUUUGGGAUUGGGCUGCAAAGAAAAAGCGUUGUUGCUUUCCAAAUGGCCAUGACAUCCUAAUAGAGGUAUGUAUUGCCAAAUGGCUGCCUUUAGAUGUAGAAAACUUUAUGGUCACUUCUGGUUACGAUGGUUGUAUACGUUUAUUAGAUCUUGAAUAUAAUUCAUCGAGACAGAUGAUAAACUAUGAUUUAUUAUUUCAUCCGACCCAUAUAGAUCGAAAGAAUAACUGGGCAUUGGCUGUGCAUCCUGAAAUACCCUAUAUCGUGUUUUCUGCUUAUAACGAUUCGAUUUUGUCCAUAGAUAUUCGGGAGAAUACACCAAAUAAUGAAUUUUGUGUCGGCGGUCAUUUUCCCUGCAUAAGGGUGUAUGAUCAGCGAAAUAUUUCGAACCCACUUUAUCAAUUGUGGACGACCAAGUAUAACAGGGUGGGUUCUCAGUAUUGCGUAGGUCAUCCCCAUAUUCCUAUCCUUGCAACGGCAAGUAAGUCCAAUGUCCUGAUAUGGAUGCCUUCGGGUAAUGAAGAUCCAACAGAAUCAACAUUUAAGACUUAUAUUCGUCAACAAUACCCUGGUAUAGAUAAUUUUGUCGAAAGUGAUUCUACCGACGAUGACUACAAUUAUUCUACCGACGAUGACUACAAUUCUUCUACCGUCGAUGUUGACGAUUAG